ACCAAUGGAUAACUGAAAUGGAUGGACAAGCCCCGCGCUGAUCAUUUCUGUAUUUCCAACAUUUCUGGAUCCACCUUCCGAGAGGGAUAUUCUCAAACCUGGUCAGAAGGGAUUCGAGAAGACAGCUUUCGGAGGAAAAAAUCUCCUAAACUUUUUCUUAUCCCGCAACCGACUUCUCGCUCGGCAGCCGCUACCUGAAUGUAGCGUCACCUGAAGAGUCUCUUUUUCCUCGGGAGCCCAAACUCCUCCAUCCCUCCGAGCAGGAUGGUGGGUCUGAAGCCCACGGACAUCCCUCCCUCCGCGGCCGUCAAAUUCCUCAGUGCCGGGACGGCGGGGUGCAUAGCAGACCUUUGUACCUUCCCCCUGGACACGGCAAAAGUCAGGCUGCAGAUCCAAGGGGAAUCGAAAGCCUCCAAGACUGGGAAGAACGUCAAGUACAAGGGCGUCUUCGGCACCAUCGCCACCAUGGUGAGGAUGGAGGGUCCCACGAGCCUCUACAACGGGCUGGUGGCCGGGCUCCAGCGCCAGAUGAGCUUUGCAUCCAUCCGCAUCGGGCUCUACGACUCCGUGAAGCAGCUCUACACCCCCAAGGGAUCGGACAAUACCAGCAUCUUCACCCGACUGCUUGCCGGUUGUACCACGGGAGCCAUGGCGGUGACGUGCGCCCAGCCCACCGAUGUGGUCAAGGUGCGCUUCCAAGCGCACAUCAGAGUAGUUGGUGGGCCCAAGAAAUACAAUGGGACCGUGGAUGCCUACCGAACCAUCGCUCGGGAAGAAGGAGUCAAAGGCCUGUGGAAAGGGACCCUUCCCAAUAUCACCCGUAACGCCAUCGUAAACUGCGGGGAGCUGGUGACCUAUGACCUCAUCAAGGAAGCGCUGCUGAAAUAUCACCUCAUGACUGAUAAUUUCCCAUGCCAUUUUGUCGCUGCCUUCGGAGCCGGUUUCUGCGCUACGGUGGUGGCGUCUCCAGUGGAUGUUGUCAAGACAAGAUACAUGAACUCAAAACCCGGGCAGUAUAAAAAUGCCCUUAAUUGCAUGCUGACCAUGGUGGUGAAGGAGGGCCCCACUGCGUUUUACAAAGGCUUCAUGCCCUCAUUCCUUCGCCUGGGCUCCUGGAACGUGGUGAUGUUCGUCUCCUUUGAGCAGCUGAAAAGGUUGAUGGUUCUGGCCCAGGUGGCGUGGGAGUCCCCGUUCUGAAACCACCAGCGGCCCUCUCUGAGCUGAGAAGGUGGAGGUGGAUCGUGCCACGCACUCCCCAAGAGCAACACUGCCAGGAAAACACGAGACGUGGCUUCACAUGGGAACUGUCCUCCGGCGUGAGCUUUCACAAGAUGUUCUCGUCAAGGGUGGCAAGAUGCAAACAUUGGUUGUGACAAUUGCUUUAAUACCGGCUGCACCGCCCAGGAGGCCUAAUACUUAAGCCAACAGAAGAAGACUUUCAAAAGGAACUGUGAGCCAUGGCUUCCAAGGUAGUUUCACUCGGAAGGUUCUUCCUGGCGGAUUUGGAUGUGACACUGCAGACCAAACUGCCCUCCACAGAACUCCGUGCCGGUCCGGAGACCAACCUACGGAAAACCCCGCUGGCUUCUGAAAGAGGAAACAGGCCCUGCCGUUCUUACGGGGAGGGGGAGGGGGGAGGUGAUCGAAGCAAAUGUUCCGGCAUGUUCCCAUUUUUGUAGCUUUUGUUAAAAAAAUAAAGUUUUUCUAUUUUGCAGAACGCCUCUUUGAGGUCCAUGUCAAGUUCCCCUAAUUCAGCCGCAGUCCCAACGUUUGACUCAU